UAAUUUCGCUCCGAGGUUGGAAAUUACAAUUCGCCAUAGCGUAGACUUUGACGAAAUCGCGGAGCAAUGGAUACGCGUGGUACCAUUUUUCAUCUUCCUCUUCUUCCCCCAUUCCCCUUACUUUCUUUCACUUCGUCAAUUCUCUCCACUCCCGAUUCUCUAUUCCUCAUCGCCCAUCCUUUCCCGAACUAUCCGGUAACUAAUUUGUCGCCGAUCCUCUCGUCGAUAUUUCGUAUCCGAUCGGAAUUCCUAUUCUCUCCCCCUUUUCAUUCUCACCGCUCAACAGUACUACGAAAUUUUGUGCAUUAAACGAACAGAGCCAUUCUGUUUCUGGCCAGUUUUUUAUCGGGAGAAAAUGAAGACUGAUCUUGAAGAAGCUAUAACGAAGCAUGUUCUUCGUUUCCUCCCAGCAAAAUCAUUGAUCAGAUUCAAAUCAGUUUCAAAAAACUGGUACAAUUGGAUAAAUUCCCCUUUCUUCACCCAUCAACAAGCCACUCAUUUCAAUAAAACCUCCGCCUUCAUCUCUCAAGCCUACCACCGUCUCUGCCCUUUCUUCAUCCCUCUCCACCGUUAUUCCCAUGGCGUCCCUUCCUCGGCCUUCCUCCCCUUCCUCCCUCAAAUGUCCACCAUCAGAACCACUUCCCAUGGCCUCCUCUGCUGCAAAAGCAUUUUCAAAGACAACACUUAUUUCAUCACUAACCCCACCACUGAACGAUGGACUGAACUCCCUGAACCUACUCUGUUUCACUCUUCUGUUUCUGCCCUGUCGCUUGCUUUCACUCCUUCCACUUACAAUUUCUACUCCCAUUUCCAACUCGUCUGUGCUGUCCCUAUUCCUUCUGUUCUUGCUGUUUUCUUCGAAAUUUACUCUUCUAGAACUAAUUCUUGGAGGCUUUCUGAUUCCCAAUACUUUUAUGAUGGUGAUCAUGAUUUGAGCUUUAAAGGAGAUGGGUUUUUUAUGGAUGGAUUUGUGUACUGGGAGACGUCAAAUGGCAUCAUUCUCGCGUUCGAUAUGACAAAUGAAGAAUAUGGGGAGAUUUUGCUCCCUCUUGAUCUCCCUUCUCCUCACUAUGGAGCUUUAAUGGAGAUGAAUGGAGAGUUGUGUUACGUUACGGUAAUUGCGAAGAAUGACGACGAUAAGGAUGAUGGUGAUACUGGCGAUGAUGAUGACUGUUAUUAUUGGUUAGGGGUGUAUGGUGGUGGUGGCCAUGAGAUGGUGUUGAAGAGAAGAAUUCCACUUCAUGAUGAUAAUGGGGUUCGUUUUGAGGGGGAUGUUAGAGUUUUGUCAGGUUUAAGUGAAGGUGCAGUGAUGAUUCUUGUGGGGAACAAUGUGAUUCUUUAUCAUGUGGAAGAAAGGAAGGGGAAGUUUGUUGGAAUAGUCGAUUCGGCAGAGAUUGCGGCGAUUGAUGUCGAGGAUGGUGCCGUGCGGUUUUUGCCAUAUGUGAAUAGUCUUGCGAGCGUGUGUCCGGUGGACGAAAUGCCGCCGGAGGAUCAUGAGUUUGAUAAGAUCUCGAGAAAAAUGAGCAGAAACAAGAUUGUGUAAGGCUUUUUAUUGGGUGUGAUUGAGUUUCUUUCUUAGUUUCUUUUUCUGUUGUGUAUAAAGAAUUUGGAUACAUAGGAAUGUCAUAAUGGGUGUUUGAAGGGUAUUGAACUUCUACAAUGGGUAAGUCACCCCAUAAUUCAAAUAAGAUGCUUUUUAGUA